AACACACUUACUGAAUUUUGAUUGAUCUGCGUUGUCUCUUAUGUCUUUGUGGGUUGGUUUUGUACGACUGUCGUACCACGAUUGGUUAUGAUGUUUGCGAUGGACUUAGGGAAUUUUUUGAACUCAAUGUGUGUUUCGAGUCAGAAAGAAACAUUAAUGUGCUUCGCUAGUUUUGCCGAGGAGUGAGGUUUUAUUGCAGCUGCAAGGGCCCGAAGAACAUGGAAGAUCAUUUUUCUAACCACAGUAAGAAAAUACUUCUUGCAUUGAACAGACAGAGAAUAGAUGGCAGAUUCUGUGAUAUCAAUUUGGAGGUUGGUAGUCUUGUGUUCAAGGCACAUCGUUGCGUCUUAGCUUGCUGCAGUCCAUUUUUCAGAGGCUUGUGUGGUAGAGAUGGGACUUUUCAACAUAUUAACCUUCCUGAUAGUUACGAGGGAGUUUUUGAACAACUUCUGGAUUUUGUUUAUAAUGGAGACCUUCUUCUGACGGGAGAAAAUGUAGACAAGGUACUUGCUGCUGCAAAAGAGCUUGGCAUUGCUGAUGUUGUGGAACUCUGUGAAAAAUUUGAACAAAGAUGCACCAAGCAAGUUGUUAAUCUCCAUGAAGUAUCACAGGAAACUUUAUUUUCUGAAGAUCCAAAUGGACAGUGGCAAAAGCAUCCAGUGUUUAACAAAGCAGAACAGAAUUGUGUGAUUUUAGAAGCAGAUGCUGCCCAUCAUGGUACUGUGGACGGUGUAUUUGAAGUGAUGAAGGAGUGCCUUUUUGGACUACAACAACAAAAUACUGUGGCUGUCAAAAGAGGUCUUAAGAGGCCCCUAAGAGCAAAUUCAAUAAAAAGACUGCCCAAGGAAGGAAUGCGUAGAACUCCAGUAACUAACACAUUAACAAAGCGACACCCUGAAGAAGCCAGAGAGAUUCCCAGUAGAGUGAAUACUGUUGUUAGUGAGGCAGAAGUUGUCCAUGUCAUUGAGGAGGAAAUUGCAGAAGAGAACUCCUGCAUCCAUGAUGAAGCAGAUGAAGAUUAUAUUCCAGAGAAAGAUACUAUAAAGAAGAAAAGGAAAGCCAGCAAAUACAAGAAGAGUGGAAGUGAAGGAGCAAUGCAGAUUUUACAGAACUUAGAUAGUGAAUUUCAUCCGAGUAAAAAGAGAGAUGGUGAAGCAGUGGAGUGUCCUACAUGCCACAAGAAGUUUUUUAGCAAGUACUACCUGAAAGUGCACAACAGGAGACACACAGGGGAGAGACCAUUUGAGUGCCUAAAGUGUGGGAAAUGUUACUUUCGUAAAGAUAACCUCUUGGAACAUGAAGCUAAGAACUGCAUGGGAAGAACAGAUCGGGUCUUUAACUGUACAGUCUGUAAGGAGUCCUUCAGACGAAGAUUAGAAUUAAGGAUACAUAUGGUGUCUCACACAGGAGAGAUGCCUUUUAAGUGCUGCUCAUGCCCACAGCAGUAUAUGCAGAAGAGGGGCCUACAGACGCACAUGAUCAAGGCUCAUGGAGCACCAAAGCCACAUGCAUGCUCUAUCUGUUCCAAGUGCUACUUAUCUCGGACAGAGCUCCGUCUGCAUGAAGCUUCUAAGCAUCGUGGAGAAAAAUUGUUUGUAUGUGAAGAAUGUGGACACCGUGCUUCAAGUCGUAAUGGUUUACAAAUGCACAUAAAAGCCAAGCACAGGAAUGAGCGUCCAUUUGUGUGCGAGUUCUGUAAUCAUGCCUUCACCCAGAAAGCCAACCUGAAUAUGCACCGCAGGACGCAUACAGGAGAGAAACCAUUUCAGUGUCACUUGUGUGGCAAGACUUUUCGAACUCAGGCAAGUCUGGACAAGCAUAAUCGAACUCACACGGGAGAACGCCCAUUCAGCUGUGAGUUUUGUGAUCAGCGAUUUACAGAGAGAGGACCAUUGCUUCGACAUGUUGCCAGCAAACACCAAGAGGGAAGGCCGCACUACUGUCAAAUUUGUGGAAAAACGUUUAAAGCCAUUGAACAGUUGCGGGUUCAUGUGCGGAGACACAAAGGAGUUCGCAAGUUUGAGUGCAGUGAGUGCAAUUACAAGUUCACUCGACAGGCACACCUUCGGCGUCACAUGGAGAUUCACAAUCGAGUUGAGAAUUACAAUCCUCGGCAGCGCAGACUACGGAACUUAAUCAUAGAUGAUGACAAGAUGGCAGUGGCCUUGCAGAAACCUGAUGAGAUAGAUGACCCCAGAGCCAAUGCUGAGCUUAUAGUAGAGACUCUUAACAGAAGUGCAAUGACGGAAGAACUUCCAGUUCAGAGGCUGUGUGUGGACGAAACCUUUGAUACAGCUGAUGUAAUUGAACAGUCCCUUAUCAUCACUACAGUACAUAUCACGGACAGUAAUGAGACAUGAAGAAAAGACAAUUGUGGCCAAAAAGAACUUUUGCAAAACUGUAAAAAGUUAAUCAUGGAUUAACUGUAAUAAGAAAUUAAUAUAAUGUUUAUAUUUAAGUUUUUCUUUCUUUAUGCUUGAGUCAGUAUUCCCACUGCUAACUUGACUGGUACUGAAUCUGGAUUUAAGUUGUCUUGAAAAGUGUUUUUAUUUAAUGAAUGAACUUUGACCCUUUA